AUGUUAAAUUCUGGGUCUGAGGUCAGUUGCCUCCAUCGAUCAACAAAAUGUUUUAAACGUCCAGCAAUUAUUGACGUGUCAGGCGAAUCAACAGUAUGCAAUGAAUAUGAACUGACAGUUUCUCUUACCUUACUAUGUACAGGUUGUGUUAUGUACAGGGCCAGGACUAGAGCUGGCUUCUCUUUGUCUUCUCUCAACCGGUGCAUUGCCAUCGGCCAUUUUAUAUGCACACUAUGAACACAACUACGUUGGUUUCUGGUUGAGUAAUCUUGGGUUAAAACAAGGUUUGGCCGUUAUCACAGCGAUACCAACUACGUUGGACGCUUUUGAUUAAGUAUCUGCCACGUAGACACAAGGAAAGUAGCUUAAUCUUCUUGAAUUAACUUGAAAUAUUUUUCUCUAAAUUUUUCUUCGUCCGCAGAGCCGGGCCUGAUUUCCCCAAAGAAAGGAAAACAAGGCUCUGCUGUUUUUGCAUUUCUGUUUGUCCAAAAUGCGAACAAGUAAUUGUAUAGUUUUGAAUGUAAUAAACGAUAUGACUGUUAAAUACUAUUCAAUCUAAUAAAUUUAAAAUACAAAAGUUUAUAAAUAUAGAGUAAUAAUAUAAAUGUAAAAUGUACGUACCAAAGUUCAUACAAUAUUUAAAGUUCUAUAAACGUUACUUAUACAGCAUUCAUGCCUGGAAUAGUCAUAAUCAUCAAUAAUUAACCAAUCAAACUUUAGUAAUAUGAAUCAUUGUGUAACAGGGGUUCAGCCCAUUAUAACUUGAGAGAGGGGGUUCAGCCUCUCUUUUACACCACUGCUAAUUACCAUAAACUGCAUUCCACUACCUAUUAAUAUGCAGUUUUUUGAAUUACUUUAUUGUCUUGUAAUUUAUUAUUUUCCUCCAGAUCCUUGGGUUCAAAAGUGUAACAAUUUUCAUGUCAACAUGCAAGUAGACACAAUCCUCUCUUCAUCUCAAAAAGGUUUGUGCAGGAAAAAUAUAUAUGACUUGGCUGUGUGUCAUUCAAGCAGUGCUGUAAAAGUUAUGUAGUUAUUUUUGGAACUAGUUGUAAUACUUGCAGUUGCAUGCUCAAAAAAGGAAGUAUGUCACUGGUAAAUGUUAGACAGAAAAAUCAUAACUAUGUACUUGUUACUGUUACAAAGUUACUGCAUGAUUUUUGUAAUAGUUUUAAAACAAGUUACUUUCAAUAUUUUGUAACCUGUUUAAAGUUACAUCUGCAUGUUUUAAUAAUUACGUGAACUUACUGAGAAGAACAGGAUAACCCAACUGCAUGCCAGCAAAUAGGCAGGAGUUGUUGUACAGACCACAUUACGGCAGGAAGCAUAAUGAAAGUAUAUACUAUAUUUUAACAUGAAAGUGUACAUAAAAAAGUAAGUAUUACAGUUGGGCAGAAAAGUAAGGUUAUCGUUCCAUUUUAAGCAAAAUGUAACUACUGUACUGAAAGUAGUUACAGUUGCAGUUACCUCUUCAAAACAUAAAUAUGCCCCUGUAUCUUUCUCUAAGAAGAAAACAUGUAAUCACAAUGAUGUAUCAUUGCAGUCAAGGGAUGUAUUAUGGAUGCAUUAUGUUUGUAUUGGUUUGACUACAGCAGUAUAGGGAUAUAGAUUGUUCACUUUCAAUUCUCAAAUAUUUGUUUAACAGUGCACAUGCUAUAGCAGGCAGGACUGAUUCAAUAAAGACUAGCAUAAAAACCUAUUCAACAUGAAUCUAAAUUUAAUGAAUCCUAUAAAUUUUGUUCCUAUAGAGGCUCAUCAGCUGAGAUUAGACAAACUCCGGCAGGAACUGGAUUACAUAAAGACUGAUGCUUGGAAAUAUAAACCCAUCGAAGAACUGAUUGGUUUCUAG